AUGGCCAUUCUUUACAACAGUAGCCUCCAAAAAGCCACUUUCUUCCUGACGGGCUUCCAAGGUUUGGAACAUGUGCAUGGCUGGAUCUCUAUUCCCUUCUGCUCCAUCUACUUGACAGUGAUUUUGGGGAACCUUACCAUCCUCCAUGUCAUCCGCACUGAUGCCACCCUACAUGAACCCAUGUACUAUUUUUUGGCCAUGCUGGCCCUCACAGACUUGGGUCUCUGCCUCUCCACAUUGCCCACCGUGAUGGGCAUUUUCUGGUUUGACGCCAGAGAGAUUGGCAUCCCAGCCUGCUUCACUCAGCUCUUCUUCAUCCACACUUUGUCUCUAGUGGAAUCAUCCGUUCUACUGUCCAUGUCCAUCGAUCGCUAUGUGGCCAUUUGCAACCCACUGCGUUACUCCAGCAUCCUGACUCCAGCACGUAUUAUCAAGCUGGGGCUGAGUUCCGUGUUAAGAAGCGUCGUGCUCAUCCUCCCCCUGCCGUUCCUCCUGAAGCGCUUCCAGUAUUGCCGCUCCCAUGUGCUGGCGCAUGCCUACUGUCUACACCUAGAGAUCAUGAAGCUGGCCUGCUCCAGCAUCCUUGUCAAUCACAUCUAUGGGCUCUUCGUGGUGGCCUGCACGGUGGGCGUGGACUCGUUGCUCAUCUUCCUCUCCUAUGCCCUCAUCCUCCACACGGUGCUGAGCAAAGCUUCACGACAAGAGCGCUUGCGGGCGCUCAACACCUGUGUCUCGCACAUCUGUGCCGUCUUACUUUUCUACAUCCCCAUGAUCGGCUUGUCCCUCGUGCAUCGCUUUGGGGAACAUCUGCCCCGCAUCGUACACCUCCUCAUGUCUUAUGUGUACCUGCUGGUACCACCCCUCAUGAACCCCAUUGUCUACAGCAUCAAGACCAAGCAAAUCCGCCAAAGGAUCUUGAAGAAGUUUGCAUUUGUAAAGUCACUGAGCUGUUUCCAUCAGGAUUAG